GGCGGUGGUGUGCGUGUGUGUGUGCGUGUGUGUGUGUCUGUGUGUGUGCGUGUGCGUGUGUGUGUUCAGGGAAGCUCCUGCCGUACCCGGGCACAUCUGGGCUCCGGGAAGCUGCAGGGAGGAGAUUCCAAAGCUGCGGGCUGCACACAGAGCGGCGAGGCUGCUCCGGCGCUUGUGUCUGUCUGUGUGUCACACACUCACACACGCACAGCAGCCCGGCAGCGGUAGGCGCCUCCUCCCCGCCGCAUUAAAACGAGCCAAGUUUCCUCGCUGGGGGCAGCGGUACGUCGGGGCGGGCGGCGGCUCCGACCUGCAGCCCCGGCGGGGCGGCCCGGCCACGGGAUGCACCCCAACGCCACGGCCCCGGCCGUGCCCGGCGGCUCCCAACACCUCCACCCCAACGCUUCCAACCGCUCCGACCUGCUCUCCAAAGGACCCGACGAGGAGGAUCUGGACGUCAACACCGAUAUCUACUCCAAAGUCAUGGUGACCAUCAUCUACCUGGCUCUCUUUUUAGUGGGCACCGUGGGGAACUCCAUCACAGCGUAUACGCUGGUGCGCAAGAAGUCGCUGCAGAACCUGCAGAGCACCGUGCAUUACCACCUGGCCAGCCUCGCCUUCUCCGACCUCCUCAUCUUCCUCCUCUGUAUGCCCAUCGAACUCUACAACUUCAUCUGGGUCCAUCACCCCUGGGCUUUCGGGGGAGCUGUCUGCAAGGGCUACUACUUCCUCCGGGAUGCCUGCACCUAUGCCACAGCGCUUAACAUCGCCAGCCUCAGCGUGGAGCGCUACAUGGCCAUCUGCCACCCCUUCAAAGCCAAGAGCAUCAUGUCCCGCAGCCGCACCAAGAAGUUCAUCAGCUGCAUCUGGAUUGCCUCCUUCCUCCUCGCCAUCCCCAUGAUCUUCACCAUGGGGGAGAUUUAUGCUAAGGAUCAGGAUCCGGAUUCCAUCAUCUGCACCACCAUCGUGGACACCUCUACGCUGAAGACAGUCAUCCAGGUGAACACAUUCAUCUCCUUCGUGUUUCCCAUGGUCGUCAUUUCGGUGCUCAACACCAUCAUUGCCAACCAGCUCAUGAUCAUGUUCAAACAAGCUGCCCAGGAAAACCAGGUCUGCACCAUUGGUGGGCAGCAGACGAUGCUCAGCAUGUCCAUGGAGCCUGGCCGUGUGCAAGCCCUGAAACAUGGUGUCAGGGUCCUGCGUGCAGUGGUGAUUGCCUUCGUGGUCUGUUGGCUCCCUUAUCACAUACGGCGCCUCAUGUUUUGCUACGUCCCCUCCAACCACUGGACAGAUUUCCUUUUCAACUUCUACCACUACUUCUACAUGCUGACAAAUGUCCUCUUCUACGUCAGUUCGGCAAUCAACCCCAUCCUAUACAACCUGGUGUCCGCAAAUUUCCGACAGAUCUUCCUUUCUACGCUCACCCUCGUGUGCCUGCCAUGGAGGAAGAAGAAAAAACGACUUGCGUUCACCAGGAAAUCCAACAGCAUCUCCAGCAACCACACUUUUUCCAGCCAGGUCACAAGGGAAACUACAUACUGAAGCCAAAGGAGGAAGAGAAAUGCAUUUCAUGGAGUCUAAACUUGAGAGAGGCCUCUGUGACUUUCAUACGUGGUCUCUGAAUUCAUGUAACACAAAGCGUGUUUAGCAAAGUCAUUUUUGUUGGAGAAAUAGGCUUCUUUCUGCCAGUAACUUUGAGGUUAUUUUAAAGCAUUGGCCUUGCCUCCUGUGAGUGAUGUCUACACGAUUUGUAAGUUCAGUCUGGUGUAAAUCCAGGUACAGUGUUAACUGGGAAGCCAGUAUAUGUUAAAUUUAGGCUACUUCAUACUGUAUUUCAUCCUUAUCUCAAUGCAGAGAUGCCAUGUUCACAUCCAAAGGUUUGAGAUCAUGCCUCUUGGUGGCACUGAGCAGAGUCUAGGGAGGAGAAAGCAAUUUCAGAAUGAAAGGUUUGUUUUUGGCAAAGGGACAUGCUCAUCUAUGGGAUGGAUACUCAAUGAGCAAGGAGUGAAAACUCAGGGAGUCAAAUGGGUGUUUUAGAAUUACAUCUAAAUUCUUACAAAUAAGACCUGGGUGCUCAAGAGAGCCAUUCUGGCUCCUUGAACUUAAAUACCAACAGAUGAUGCCUUACUUAGAAUAGGGUGAGGAUAGCCUGGGGGGAAUUGGAGGCAUCUUUCACUUCAGGGCAUGUGUAGUGCCUGGUGCAGGGAGCCCCACUCUCUCUGGUAUUGGUAUUGCAACACCUAUAAGUAACAGAGUCUCUGGCAAAGUCAAGAAUGUAGAGAAUGUGCCCAGCUGGAGUGUUGAAAAAGAACAGGAAUGGAAAAUCUUACUUAUGCCACACAGCCAAACUCAUGUUUCUUUUGCCAGGGAAAACAGCUAGCUAGCCUGCAUUAAAGAGGAGAUAAAACAGCAGGCUGCUGAGGGCUCCAGCCUGCAGAUAUGAGAGCAACCAUCCCAGUCCUGUUGGACUUCAAGAUUCUUCCCAUUUAUUUCACAAGCUGACAUCUCAUAGGCUACUGGCUGUAGGUAGUGGGGCCUCUUUUUGUACCUUUCAUUUCUUUUUGUUACCAAAACUGUUGGCACACUGAUCUGUAUACACAAAUCCUCAGAUAGUGAAGAACACAGGGUCUAGCUCUAAAACAAACUUCCUUUUAACGAGUCUGAGGAACAGGGCUGAGACCUGUUUACAGCAAAUCAGACAGUUUGGCUCAGUCAGGGUUGUGCUGAAUCCUGACUAUGAGGAUGUUCUGAACAAAAGUCAGGAUCAAAAUAAGAGGACAUACAGUAUAUAUUUUCUUCCUCGUAUUUUUCCCCUUGAUUAUUGCUUUGAAUUUGGAAUUUCUCAGCUGACCAGGAUAGGUAGCAUGAUGUUUAUUUUUGCAUUGUUCCACCUCUAACAGCCAACUAUGAGAUAGAUGUAACAAACUGCCCAAGAGCCUUUGGCAUCAAGGGCUUCUGGGACAAGCUAAAGGGCUUUCUGGGCUGUCAUAGCAGCAGAUGGUGACCUGCAUGAACCUGGGAACCAACCCAUCAUCUUGUUCAACCUGUGCUGUGAUUUUACUGUUAGCGACCUUAUGUCCCCCUUCACAAAGAGGUAGAAAGUAAAUCAAAGCUGUCCCUGCUCACAUUCUCCUUGCCAGAGGCAUUCCACAACAGCCAAUUAUGGUCACACAAAGGUGAGCCAAACACAUCCUAUCAGGGAAACCAUGCAUUUUGUUAAAGGUCUGGCCUUUACAAAGUGGUGCAGUCACAAACCAUUAGCAAGAAUUCAAACAUGCUCUAAAAUAGAGGUGAGCCAUAGUGGGGCAAGGGGCAGACUGGAGCCCUGGUAAUAAGGUUAGAUUUUAGUCUUAUCUGCAGUUGCUGCUAGAAGGGUUGUUCUCUGCUGGUGACAGACUUUGUUUCUGCUGCUCAGAAUGGCUGUGGGAAAGGAAAGUUGGGUUGAUUCUGUUUGAAAACACAGAAAUGAAGAGAUUCUACAUAAAGAGAGUUCUAGGGGGAGCUCUGGUGAAAGGAGGCUCUUUGCAAAUCCCUGCACACUUGCGGAGGGGGCUUGCUUCUUUAUGAUGACAAACUGGAAGUGACCCUUAGCUCUGCUUUUGGCCCCAUGUACAGCUGUGUGGGCCUCCAGAUCUUCACAGUGUCCUCUGCAAUGCAGAUCAGCUCCUGAUACAUUCAGUACCAGCAGCAUCUCAUCAGUUAGGCCCUGCUGGGCUCAGGACAUGGAGAGAACACCUCUGGGGCAUUUGCUGUUCAUUGUGAGUGACAGCACUCUGCUCCUGAGGCAUUUAUUGGCAGUGGUACAGAGCUAGAUGCAUGGUUCAUCUGCCAGCCAUGACCUCCAACCACACCUAGCAGGGACAGGAGAUUGUUUUAAUGCCUACUACAAACUACUCCAAAGGAAAGGGCUCAAAACAGAAAUCGGUCGGGCUUUAGUUCCUUCUGAUUCCGCCAAACUACAGGCUCUGUCCUGUCAUGCCUUCUCUUAAUUUCUCGCCCUGGUUGUACAAAACAGAGGGCAGAGUUUACAAUUGACAAAGCACUUUUGUUGCUCAUGUGCAGUUGAUUCUUCUUUGACAAGGAAAAACAGUAAAGGGACACAUACACAGAAAAAGGACAGAGGAGACUGGCUUCUCUUUGCAAGGAAAUUUGUGAGGAACCAGCAAAUGUCAUCACUGUGUGUGUGCUAGAAAUGGCUUGGGCAGACUGCAAGAGAAGCUGUAGAGGAUCAGUACAUCCCUGCACCAUGGGCUAUGUAAAUCACAUAGGAAUAGCAGAACCUGUAUAUUCUUGGUUUAUUCACUUUUGCUACUUUCAUCCAAUGCCUGUCCAUUACAGCUCAAACUUUUACGAUGUUUGUAGAUGACUGUAGCUGAGAGGGGGACACAGCACUUGUGGCACCUUGACAGCUUCCAGCUGACUGACAAAGGUGAGCUGCCAACAAAUAAAUAACUCAUGGACAUCAUCCAUAAUAGACCCUAUAAAGCCAAUUAUCUUCACUGCUCUCACUCCUCCUGCACGAGCAAAGUCCAGGUACGAUGAGCAGAGGAAGAGGAGUCUUAAUAUCACACAUUUAGUGCCAGCCUUCCAGGCAAGACAACCUUUAAAUAGUUCUGAAGAGGACCCAAACUUUUUAAUGGUUCUUCUAAAUAGAGUCAACAGCUGUGAGGUGGUUUCUGAAACCUCCCAUGGAAGCUGUAACUGUGUGUUGCUUUGACUUCCAUUUGGAUUUAACAACCUGCGUGUCUCAGUUGCUUUUCAGUGUUCACCUUUGAAAUGUUUCAUGUUAUUAAUAUGCUCACUGAACACCAACCUGCUGAAAUGUGCUUGGUUAUCUUAGGAAACACUGUUCAGAAAUAGUCUCACAUAAGAUGUUUAGUUUUGAUUUUUAUCACUGAGAUACGCUGGCAGCUUACGGAACUUUUGAUCACAGCUCUGUGAAGGUGGUGGCUUUAGUUAUGAUUUGACAUGAAAAUGAGAACAAGCUGGAGUGAAAAUGAAUUUAUCAUGAAGUGUUUGUUGGACAGCUCAAGUCUGGAAGAGCUGCCUGCAAUGGGAGAUUUAUCCAAGCAGUCUUCUGGUUUCUAAAGCUCUGUUCCCACAGUUUAAUGUGGGAGCAGGACAGAGUCUAUGGCCUUAACUUGGGAUUGCAGCUCAAAGCUACCUCUUCCAUUGGGCAAAACUGAUUACCUGAGUUGAGUAUUGGAAGUUACUGCUGAUUUCAUACUCUUCCCCCACCACCCCUAACCCCCCACAUAGUUUUGCUAAACUCAAAAUAAUUUUGUUUUCCCUGAGCUCAAAGAAGUGAGGAUAAGUCACUAUAAGACCCCAUGGUUUUGUGAAGAAAAGCAUGGUACUCUCAUGAAGACCGAGGUACCAAAUGCCCAGCAUAUUUCUAGGACACGAUUCUCUUUCUUUACACACCUUUCAACAGUGGUUGAACCGCUAACACAAAAGGGUUUAGCUUUAAACCUUGUGGAGUAUAAUUGGCUUUUGCCAUUAAACAAAAUGCAUCCUCACAUCUUUGUAUUCCUGUCUUGUCUGAAUUCUCUUUUUGGGGCAGAGUGGUGAGCAUUCAUGCAGCGUGCUGUUAAUCUAUGCAAAUUUCCUGUAAGUGUUUCAAACUGUUUGUUUCGACUGAAAAAGAAUCUGUUGAACCCACAGAUGUGGAGUGCUGCCAGAUGGAUUCAGAGCGAUUCCCAUCUGAGGAGAGUUUAUCGAGUGACCUCUUCAAAUAUACUUUUGAGGUUUCGUUUAUCUUCACAGUCUUCAUGUCAGGACCGUCUAUUUGGCAGUGUGUGAAAUUAGAUUUCCAAAGUCAUUAUGCUGUUUAGAAGUUUCCCCCAGACAGGACUUUCUCACCGCAGGCCCCAUACACAGAGGUGUUUGAACGCUCUGCUGAGCUUCAGCGCGUGAGAUCUCGCUUCAGUGACAGGGCCCGUAAAUAAGAAAACUGAAUGGAAAAAUUGAUGAGGAGGGUUAGCAGGACAUACACUAGAAACACAACCAUCACAGGACCUUUGCAUUGACAGCAUCAAACAUUCAGUGAAACAAAAGUCUGCUGUUGCUGCGGACAGCUUUGUGUUGUGGACUUGAGCUGAGCAUGUGUGCAGCUACCAUUCGUGCGUGCCCACAGUGGGGGGCUGAGAGCGCUGUGUGCAACGCGUUGUUAGUCUGGUAUCUUCCUGGUUGUGUUGUUUGGUAGCUGUUUAAACAAAUCUUUAUCUGCUGGAGCUCUGAUUCUUUACAUCACAGAUGAACGACUUCUGUUUUCGGUUUGUACUUGUUCAGUAGGGAAACAGAAGUUGCUAAAAUUCAUGGUGCUGCGUCCUGGCUUUGUGAUCGAGAGUCCUUCCCCAGCUGUGCCACCUGAUAGUCCUGCACAUACUGUAUUUAUGGCAAACAUAUCUUAAAGUGCACCUUUUUUUGUUGUUGUUGUUGUUCUCUGAACUACAAACUGUUGAUGUGCUUUAUUUUCUGUGGCCUGUUGUGCAAUGGGAAAAAAAAAAUGAAUGUUCAAAGUGUGUCAGCGUCUCCUUUGUAAGAUUUCCUGUGACAAAGGGAAGGGAAAGGGUGUGAAAUCCAUUUGUAUAGCAAUGGGAAACACUCUUUCUAUGUAACAUGCUAUUAUUGAUACUGUGUUUACUAUCAAACUGUAAUGAAAUGGUUAUUUCCUGAUAUUAGCCUUUGUACUGUAUGGUAUUUUAUUUUAUUUUGUCAUUAAUUGGAACCUAAGAAAUAAAUAUCCAAAUUUAA